GGCAGGAGCGCGCCGAGUGACGUGUCCUCUCUCCCCCCCCCCCCCACCAGAUCCCGGAGCUUAGCAUGAUUCAUCAACAGCUGCCGCUAAGAUGCUGCGCGCAACCCCGAUGUAGCGCUUGAGCGCCCACCCUCUCGCCGCACCCCCGGCCCGGAGACUUUCCCUUUCCCUUUGGGCGCCUCGGAAAAAAGGCGGGCAAGAUGGAAGAAAUCCUGAAGAAGCUGCAGAAGGAAGCGUCGGGGAGCAAAUACAAGGCGAUCAAGGAGAGUUGCACCUGGGCCAGCGAAACAUUAGAAUCUCUGGAUGGUACUACAAAGAUCCCUCCUUAUCAGUUAAGGGAGAAGUGUCUCCUUCCGCUGCAACUUGCUUUGGAGAGUAAGAAUAUGAAACUGGCACAGCAAGCUCUAGCAGGGAUGCAGAAGCUACUGUCUGAUGAACGAUUUGUAUCCAUGGAAACUGACUCUGAUGACAAGCAGUUGCUUAAUCAAAUGCUGAACGCAGUCAGAGUGACUCCAUCUCUCAAUGAGGACCUUCAGGUAGAAGUGAUGAAGGUGUUGCUCUGCAUAACAUACACUCCAACGUUUGAGUUGAAUGGAAGUUCUGUUCUUAAGAUUGCUGAAGUUUGUAUUGAAACUUACAUUUCCAGUUAUCACCAACGGAGUAUUAAUACAGCUGUACGGGCAACCCUCAGCCAGAUGUUGAGUGAUUUGAUUUUACAAUUACGACAAAAACAAGAAAAUACAAUGACCGAAAGCCAAGGAGUUCUUCAGGGUUUCAAGAAUUCAGAUUCGACCGCUGAGUCAUUCUGUGAUGAUGUUGUCUCUGUCUUCAUGGUCCUUUGUGAAAAACUUCAGACAGCCAUCAGUGAGAAUCGGCAGUUGCAGCUUCUCUACCUGGAAUGCAUUCUGUCCAUGCUGAAUAGCUUCUCUUCUACUAUGCACCACCAUAAAGGAUUCACUGACCUCAUCUGGAAGCAGCUAUGUCCAGCCCUGAUAGUAAUCUUGGGCAAUCCCGUUCAUGACAAAACAAUCACAUCUGCUCAUAGCAGCACUGGCCAUGAAGCUGAUUCUCCUUCUUCCGGAGUGUCUGACCACGGCCGAGGAUCAGGCUGCUCUACAACUGCCCCUGCCCUUAGUAGUCCUGUUGCACGGACUAUCUACUACAUCGCAGCGGAGCUUGUUCGGUUGGUGGGCUCAGUGGAGUCCAUGAAGCCUGUUCUGCAAUCUCUCUACCAUCGGAUGCUUCUGUAUCCUCCACCACAGCACAGAGUAGAAGCUAUCAAGAUCAUGAAAGAGAUACUUGGAAGUCCUCGGCGGCUUUGUGAUUUAGCAGGUCCCUGUUCCACAGAACCAGAAUCAAGAAAGAGAUCCAUUUCAAAAAGAAAAUCCCACCUGGACCUUCUUAAACUAAUCUUGGAUGGGAUGACUGAAGCCUGCAUAAAAGGUGGCAUUGAAGCCUGCUAUGCCUCAGUAUCCUGUGCCUGUGCCCUGCUUGGAACUCUGGAUGAGUUAAGUCAAGGAAAGGGCCUGGAUCAAGAGCAAGUGCAUCUGCUUCUCCGACGGCUGGACGAGUUAAAAGAGGGGGCUGAGACCAGUAGAGAUUCCAUGGAGAUCAACGAUGCUGAUUUUAGGUGGCAAAGACGUAUCCUGUCAUCAGAACAUGCCCCUUGGGAGCCAGGCCAUGAAAAGAGUCCUGACAUCAGUAUUAGUGUUACCACAGAUACUGGUCAGACAACCCUAGAAGGAGAUAUGGGACAGACGACACCAGAUUCUGACAUCCGUAAAAAUUCUUUGCAAUCCCCAGCUGGACAAGCAGGCAAAGAAAUUCAUUAUAAAGAGCCAGAAUCAGAAACAAUUGACCAACCGGAUGUAGUUCAACGGAGCCAUAAUGUUGUCUAUCCAGAUAUAACCAAUUUCCUUUCUGUUGAUUGCAAGGCCCGUUCCUGUGGAUCUAGAUACAGCGAGAGUAAUUUCAGUGUUGAAGACCAGGAUUUUUCCAGAACUGAAUUUGAUUCAUGUGACCAAUAUUCUAUGGCAGCAGAAAAAGACUCUGGAAGGUCAGAUGUGUCGGAUAUAGGUUCAGAUAAUUGUUCUUUAGCUGAUGAAGAACAGACGCCACGAGAUUGUCCAGGUCACAAGUCUUUACGAACUGCUGCCCUUUCCUUGAAGCUACUUAAGAACCAGGAAGCAGAUCAGCAAAGUGCCAGAUUGUUUAUCGAGGCUCUUGAAACACUCCUUCCUCGUCUUAUCACUCUUGCUACAGUAGAAGAGGUGGAUUUGGCUCUCCAGAACUUUUCUUCAACUUUUUGUUCAGGCAUGAUGCAUUCUUCAGGAAUUGAAGGGAGUGUCAGCCUUAACUUCCAGAACCUGAUGAAUGCAGAUAGCCUCUAUGCAGUCUCUCACUACAUAUUCCUGCUCAACCUGAAGCUGUCAAACGCAGAAUACUAUCAGAAGAAACCAGCCCAGUCUGCUGUAUUACUGAAAGAAUUCAUGAAACAGGUCCAAUCCAGUGGAGUAUUGAUGGUGUUUUCUCAGGCCUGGGUUGAAGAACUUUACCAUCAAGUAUUGGAGAGAAAUCUUCUCGGGGAAGCUGGUUAUUGGGGAAAUCCUGAAGAGCAUAGCCUUCCACUCAUCACUAUGCUGACGGACAUUGAUGGCUUCGGAAGCAGUGCAAUAGGCGGGCAGCUGAUGGCUUCGGCUUCCAAACAAUCUCCUCUAUCCCAGACCUGGAAACCAGAUGAUACAUUGAUGGCAGGAGUUGCUUUCGCCCGAUACCUUCUAAUUGGUUGCUGGAAGAAUUUGAUCGAUACCUUAUCAACCCCUCUGACUGGCCGCAUGGCAGGGAGCUCCAAAGGAUUAGCGUUCAUUCUUGGGGCUGAAGGCAUCAAGGAGCAGAACCAAAAGGAGAAGGAUGCCAUCUGCAUGAGUCUAGAUGGGCUAAGGAAGGCAGCUCGGCUCAGUUGUGCUUUAGGUGUUGCUGCUAAUUGUGCAUCAGCCCUUGCUCAGAUGGCAGCUGCCUCGUGUGUUCAAGAGGAGAAAGAGGAAAGAGAUGCCCAAGAGCCCAGUGAUGCCAUUGCUCAAGUAAAACAGAAAGUGGAGCAAAAACUGGAACAGAUGGGGAAGACGCAAGGUGUCUGCCUCCACACCGCUCAUGUUUUAUGCAUGGAUGCUGUUCUUGCUGUGGGAUUGGAGAUGGGAAGCCACAACCCAGACUGUUGGCCUCACGUGUUUAGAGUAUGUGAAUACAUCAGCACUCUGGAACAUGCCCAUUUCAGUGAUGGCACUUCUCAGCCACCUGUAACUAUCACCCAAGCCCAACAGGGGGCAGUGGCACUUCAAGGUGAAGUACAGGCUACAGACAUUCCCCAGGAACUGAUUCUGGAGCAAGAGGCAGCCCUGAGGAACAGUCCUGUCAUCCAACCAGUAUCUAUUCAGGAUCUCAUCAAAGAAAGCAGUAAGGGAAGAGCUUUUGAUUUUCGGGGAGGCAGCCUGAUGACUGGGAGCAAUGCUGCCAAGGCUAUCCUCACCCUCUCUAAUCAAGCCGACAGGCUUUUUGAAGAUGCUGUGGACAAACUGAAUCUGAUGGCUUUGGGAGGUUUCCUGUACCAGCUAAAAAAGGCCUCCCAAUCCCAGCUCUUCCAGUCAGUUACAGACACAGUCGAUUAUUCUUUGGCCAUGCCAGGAGAAAUAAAAUCCACUCAAGAAAGAAGAAGUGCACUUCACUUGUUCCGUCUAGGAGGAGCCAUGCUCCGAAUUGUGAGGAGUAGAAAACGGCCUUUGCUCCAUCUUAUGCGUUGUUGGCACCUAGUGGCUCCUCACUUAGUGGAAGCUGCCUGCCAUAAAGAAACACAUGUUUCUCGGAAGGCUGUUUCUUUUAUCCAUGACAUCCUUACAGAGGUUCUGACAGUUUGGAAUGAACCACCUCAUUUUCACUUCAAUGAGGCACUUUUUCGUCCCUUUGAGCGCAUCAUGCAGCUUGAACUUUGUGAUGAGGACAUUCAGGAUCAGGUGGUCACAUCUAUAGGAGAGCUGGUGGAGGUGUGCUCAACUCGAAUUCAAUCAGGCUGGAGACCAUUGUUCAGUGCUUUAGAAACUGUGCGCAGCAGCAGCAGCAAAUCAGAAGUUAAAGAGUAUCUUGUUGGAGAGUAUUUGAUGGGAAAAUGCCAGGCUCCAGUAUUUGAUGUCUUUGAAGCUUUUCUAAAUACUGACAACAUCCAAGUCUUUGCAAAUGCAGCCACCAGUUACAUCAUAUGUCUUAUGAAGUUUGUCAAAGGAUUGGGUAAAACUCUUUUUUUUAGGGGAAAAAUGGGCAAAUUUUAUGUCAUACUACUUGCCAAAAUCUACAAAAUGCCCUUGAAGCCUAUUUUUCUCAGUGGGAAAUUUGCUAAUGUACCCCAAAGGGUCCAGGAACAAUCCACGAGCAGCGAGGAUGGCACUGAAUGUGUCCUUUCUGAGUUUGAUGACGACACAGGCCUUAUUAAUGUCUGGAUCCUUCUGCUAGAAGAGCUAACCACUGCCAUAUCUAAUUGUCCUCGGCAACACCAGCCUCCUACUCUGGAUCUGCUCUUCGAACUGCUAAGAGACAUUACCAAAACACCAGGCCCAGGAUUUGGUAUUUAUGCAGUUGUACACCUCCUGCUCCCUACAAUGUCUCUUUGGCUUCAUCGCAGCCACGGUGAUCAUUCUUACUGGGAUGGGGCAUCCUCUAAUUUCAAGCAUGCCAUUGGCCUUUCCUGCGAAUUAGUGGUGGAACACAUUCAAAGUUUCAUACAUUCAGAUGUUGGCUAUGAAAAUAUGAUCAACACAAUGCUCAAAGAUCUUUUCAAGUUACUUGUAGCUUGUGUAGCGGAAACCACCGAGACCAUCUCUAGAGUCGGCUGUUCUUGUAUCAGAUAUGUACUAGUGACAGCUGGUCCUGUUUUUACUGAAGAAAUGUGGCGUCUGGCAUGUUGUGCCUUAGAGGAUGCUUUUUCAACUACUCUUGAACCAGUGAAGAAUCUGUUGGGCUAUUUCCACAGUGGCUCUGAAAAUCUGAGCAGUGAUGCCUGUGAGAUGAAAAUGGCAGCUCCUUCAAUCUCCCCAAGUGCCGAAGCUGAAUACUGGAGAAUAAGGGCGAUGGCCCAACAAGUGUUCAUGUUGGACACCCAGUGCUCCCCAAAGACACCAAAUAACAAGGAAGGAUUUGAGCAUGCUCAGUCUUGUCUGCUUAUUAUUGAGCUGCCUCCAGAUAAGAAGUCCAAUGGCCACUCACAGAAAAGUAUCCCUUUCAGAACAAUUGUAGUGAGCCUGCUUUCCCACCAAGUGCUUCUGCAGAAUUUAUACGAUAUUUUGUUGGAAGAAUUUGUGAAAGGGCCCUCACACAGUGAAGAGAAGGUAGUACACCAAAUGUCAGAAACCAAACUCACUGGUUUCCUCAGGUACAUUUCUAUGCAGAACUUGGCUGUCAUCUUUGAUUUACUCUUGGACUCCUACCGAACAGCCAGAGAGUUUGAUACAAGGACUGGGCUGAAGUGCUUGCUCAAAAAGGUAUCUGGCAUUGGUGGGGCCGCCAACUUGUACCGCCAGUCUGCUAUGAGCUUCAAUAUCUACUUCCAUGCCUUGAUCUGUGCUAUUGUGACCAAUCAGGAAAAUAUCACUGCGGAACAGGUGAAGAAAAUCCUUUUUGAAGAGGAUGAAAGGAGCACAGAUUCGUCCCAGCAAUGCUCUUCGGAAGACGAAGACAUUUUUGAAGAGACUGCUCAAGUCAGCCCACCGAGGGGGAAAGAGAAGAGGCAAUGGAGGGCCAGGUUGCCUUCUUUGAGUGUUCAGCCGGUGAGCAAUGCAGACUGGGCUUGGCUAAUCAAAAGGCUUCACAAACUCUGCAUGGAGUUAUGUAAUAACUACAUUCAGAUGCAUUUGGAUUUGGAAAAUAGUGCCGAUGAGCUCCCUGUCUUCAGAGGAGACCCUGUCUUAAUCCUUCCAGCCUUUCAAUCAGAAAUAUCCACACCAUCUACUGGAGCCCCUUCCGGGAAAAACACCCCUUCAGAAGAUGAUAGAAGCCAGAUUAGGGACUCCCUCACCGAAAACUUCAGUCCUAAGGGAAGUACAGAUAUUUUGCUUCUUCCACCUUUGAGCCCCAAAAUGGAGAAGAAAGACCAAGGCAGGAAGAAAGAAUGGUGGGAGAGUGCUAGCAACAAAAUUUACACCAUAGCAACAGAUAAAACCAUAUCAAAACUAAUGACGGAAUAUAAAAAAAGAAAGCAACAGCAGCAUAACUUGGCUAAUUUCUCCAAGGAAAUGAAUGCUGACAAGAAAGGGGAUCCGCUCGGCACAAGAGGGCCAGAGUCACCUCUCCCACAACGGCCACAGAAUCUGAUUGAUCAAGGCCAGAUGAGGCACUCCUUUAGUGCAGGACCAGAGAUUCUGAGGCAAGAAAAGAGGCCGCGCUCUGGGUCGACUGCCAGCUCAUUCAGUAUAUCAAUCCGGGAUGGGGAGGCACAAAUACAGGCAUGGACCAACAUGGUUCUGACAGUUCUUAAUCAGAUUCAAUCCCUACCAGACCAGAUCUUCAUUGCUCUACAACCAGUGGUAUUUCCCUGCAUCAGUCAAUUGACUUGCCAUGUGACUGAUAUCCGGGUUCGUCAGGCUCUGAGAGAAUGGCUAGGAAGAGUGGGCAGGGUUUAUGACAUCAUUGUAUAGAAGACUUUAGUUGCCUUAUCAAAGAGAGACUGAAAUCUAAGAUACUUUGAGGAACAGAAGUAAAGUGCAUUUGCUGAAAAUUUGUCUAUUAAAAAAAAUGGUAGAAGGAUGUACAUCUGCCCAUUUGCUAGUCAGUAAUAACUAGCAAUCUGUAUCCCAUGCUGCUAAAUCUUAAGAGCACAGUGUAGUCCUACUCAUGACACCAGAGAAUGUAAUAUAGCAGAGUAUGACAGAAAGAGUCUUUGUAUUAAAUUUGAAAUAGGUAUUCAGACAGGCUGAUAUUCUGACACGCUGACAGGCUCGGAGUGUUUGAUACUGCAUAUUUUUUAAAGAACAGGAAGGUAGCAAAGAAGAUUGUGGAGCAAGGAAAACACCAUGGAAUGGACACAGCUAUGUAAUAGGCUUUGUCCAGAUUGACCAUUGAGAAUGUAACGAUGGCUGAGAAGUCUGUAGUACAGAUUUCUGUUAUGUCUCAAAUGAGGCAUCUGAUCCUUAAGCCAUCUAAAUUUAAAACAAUAGCUGUACCAAUAAAAAGGAGAGCCCAUUUAUUCUAACCUUUAUAAAACACUGACAAUGAAAACUAGGCCUCCAGACUUAGGAAGUGACAAUAUUUCAAUGUGAUUGUCACAGGUUUUCAGAUAGAAGUACUUACCAUCUUGGAAGUACUGCAAGCACCAUGCAUUAUUUCAUAGUGCUAUAAGGUGUCUGUCUAAAAAUUGGUAUAAUUGUCCAACGCUCAUUUGAGAAAUGAGUUUAAGUGAUUUUUCUCGUUUUGAUGCAAACCCAAGACCAAAAAUAUAUUUUCUCUGUUAUGUAAAUUGCAAACACUCCUUAGGUUUUCUGGUUCUAUAUCUUGGCUCAUUCCCUUCACUGGGUGUUAAGAAAUGCUGUGAAAUGUGUCCCAGGUUUUCUGUUUUCAGGCUUUCCAUUUUAUAUUGCCUGGCUUCUCUGUCAGGACAAAAGAAGCUAAAAAUUAGGCACAUGACUAGAAUAUGUAGAGUUAUCAAAUUUUUGCCCUUAUAACAAAUCUGUACAAUAGAUCAUUCUCAGAGAUAUUUAGUGACCUUUGUAGUUUUAUGGCCAAGCAGAAAUAUCAUUCACUCAUCAUUCUUUUCUUAAGUCAAACUGGGUGACAUCCAUAGCUGAAAAUAAAGAAGUGUAAGAAAUGUUACAUUAAUUAUGGGACAGAUUGAGCCACCACAUCUAUUUAUUUACUACCUUUAUAUAAUGCUUUCUCUCUAUGUUUUCUUGCAGAGAAUAGAGCAUAACUUUAAACAUUAGUGUAUAAUUUAAUAUUCUAGUCACAACUGAGAAAAGGAUACACAAGAAAGGGAAAACACACACGUUUAUAUAAUGUGAUCAUUAUAUAGAAGGCAGUUCUUGUAGAAGAAAAAAAGAAAAAUCAGUAUCUAAUUUGUGGGAACCUGAAGUUAUGGAGGUAGCUAGCUGGUAUAGCUGUGAAUGGAAAGGAAGAGCCACCAGUUAGAUGUUAAUCCCAGCAAGGGAACUUGGGAAAGGCAGCUGUCACCUCAUCUUGCCUUCAUAAUAGCAUUUGCACCCUGACAACUUCUCACACUGAAAUUGGCCACAAUUGUCUUAAGUCAGGAUCUCCAAAUGUAUAGAAGUCUCAAAAAACAUGGCCAUGUUUUCUGUCCCUAUAUUUGACCAAUAGCAGAAUGACUAGAACUCCCCAGCCACCCACCCAAUUUCUCUGUAAUGAUCAUACAGAAAUACAAACUCCAAAAUCCCCACGAGAAGUUGCUCUGAUGGGAAGCUAUAGUAUAUGAGGUAAGGUUAGUUGGAAAAAUGCAAAUGAAGCACUAAUAUCCCCUGAUGGUUUUCUUAGCCAAUUCAACAUCAACCCUUUCGUACACUUCGACACAAGUAUGGAUUGUACAUAUGAAAUCACUUCUUAUUGCAGAAAAUUUUUCCACCAGCUAUUUUUCCUUAAAGCUGUGACCAAUGCUUAAGUAUCUUAUUCUGGUUGGAAUGCAAGAGUGAAGGAAGAUGAGUUGUAAAUAUUGGAAAGUUGUAGAUCAAGAUACAGUGGGUGGGCACAUGAGUUCAGGGGCAGAUGGCAUGGAAGGCAUGAGAUUUUAUCACUGAGAAAACCAAUGACCCACAAGGUCUGCAGAGAUAGUGAUUAAGUUUCUUGAGAUCCAAAAGCAAGUGGCAUGAGAUCAGUCAGGUCUGGAGCUGAUGCCAGAGGAAUUCAGGACACUAGUGUGAAAGUGCCUACUAGGCAGCUGGUGAAUAAUGAAUCCCAGCUAUGCCAAUAAAGAAGACCUCACCUUUGAACUACUGCUAAAACUGAACAAUUGGCGGUCAUGUUUCACUGCUCCAAAAAUGGUACAUAGUAUGUGAGCCCACACACUUUCCUCAUGUCUUACAUCAGGGGUGUCAAGUUUGUUUUCAUUCACGGCCACAUCUGGGUUGUGUUUGACUUCGGGGUGGCUGGGGUGGGCGUGGCCAGCUUGAUGUCACUCAUGUCAGGGGCACCUGUGGUGGCCCAAGCAUUCUGCCAGUGAAAAGGGGUUUCCGAGCUCCAUUUCCAGCCGCGGUGGCCUCCUGCAACCCUUUGCUAGCGAAAACGGAGCUCACCUGGCCAUCCCAAGCUCCGUUUUACCUGGCAGAGGCGCCAAGAGCUGGUCCUUCAUUGUUUCCAGGGAUGCCCCGCGGGCCUUGAGUUUGUUACCCCUGUCUUACAUGAAUAUGAUUAAACACUGCAUCUGCCUUUUCUCUCUUCAUUAAGUCAUUGUUGGAAUAUGCCCAAAUGACAGCUUGUAUCAGCAAGUGUUAGAGGCACCAGCGAAGUAUUCUGUGUGCCAUGUUGAGAUAAAGUUGGGAUCAAAUUUAUGAGCAAUGCAGCUUUGCCUAUUGUGCUAGCCUUCAUUUUCAACCAUAGUCAUCGAGCUGAUUGAGUGGAAGAGCCUUAAUCAGCCUCAUAUAGGAUGCCUUGCAGCUUGCUUGAACAGUAAACAGUCCUGUUUCCUUUGCUUCCCUGCUUUCUCAUUCAGUUAAUGGAAGACUUUGAAUGUAUAAGUUGUGUCAGUUGCUGCUGAACUCUAGUGAUUGUCUAUUAUGAAUUAUGGAAUUCUUUGUCAGUGCUAUGCCCUGAGAUGAUUGUUUGAUUCUUCUAUUUGUUUGUUCUUUAAGAUUUAAAUAAUGCUGUGUUUCUAUGGUUCUUUGUGAAGAAGAAAUUGUUUUAGGGGAACAUUUACCCUUAGUUUACCUACAUUGUUUGUUAGUGAGAUCUUAUAUGCGUACUCUAGCUUGUACUUUGAAGCAUCUGUCGAACGUGGUAAUGAGCAGAGAAACGGAAUCAUCAUACUCAAGAAUUUUUCAUCUGUUCUCCUGAAUGCUGAAAAAAAUUGUUUGGAUUUCAAGUGUUGCUUUUCAGUUCUGUGCUGUUAGGUAUAGGUUACUUGUUCAUUGUGUGCGUGGAAUAACAAAGUGCUAACGUAUACAAAAAGCGACAUAACAAAGUGUAACAAACUUGUAGGGCCACUAUUACAAAGCAGGUAACAAUGGAUUAUUAUUUAUUUCAAAGAAGGGAAGUAUUACACAUUCCUGACACUACCAAGAAUGACCAUUGAUUGUAAACCAUUUCAGUUGCUGCUAUCGCCACAAGGGCAAGUGGUAGAUAGACAACAGUUCCUGCAGAAGAUCAUAAUAAUAUUUAUUUAUUUAUUUAUUCAGGGCGACUGAAAGUAUUAUGUAACUAGUUGGCUGAAAGCUCAGCCAAACUUAAAGAAAAACAUUCACUGGGAAGAAAAAGGAGAAAGUGCCUCAUUCUGAGGAUAGGUCAAUAAUCUCAAGGGAGGAAACUAGAGAAUUAUUUUGAUAUUUAAUUGAAAAUCACUGGGUGGAAGGACAAGUUUUAUUUUUCAUGGUUUCCAACUUCUGUAGACUUUUUAUGGAAACACAUGUCAUAAAACUGGGAAGUACAUUUGCCUGAGGUGCUUUUGGCCUCGCAAGCGAGCCAUGGGUGCACAUUUGUGGAUGGAGACAUUAGACUUCAUAUGUGUGCCAAUCUAUCUGCCCUUUCCAUUUUCUGAAUGACCAAGCUCUUGUGAGCCCAGAGUUCAUGUUUGCAUUUUGAUCCUGCAAGGCCCUCCUGGGUCAGGGAAUUGCACUUCUCCAGUUGUGACUGCAAAAUCAGGCAGUCAUACACUCAGUAACUUGGUCUCCACAUGUCUCUGAAUGAAGAAUGGGCAGGGGAAAGGACAUUCUUCAGGGCAGAAACUUGUCCCCUAUUUCACUAUGCAAAGCGUGGGUCGCGAUUAUGGGAUCUAAGAUGGAAUUUGCACAUUCAAGGAAUCAGAGGGCAGUCACAGAAUGUAGUUGCUCUGGAUCAAUUUUAUUUGUAUGCGUCCAUAGUGCAAAAGCAAUUUAUAGUGGACCCUGAUUUCCAUAUUCUAAAUAUUCCCAUCCUAACAGCUGCCCAUUAUUUGGAGGCAGAAGUAGGAAAAACAAACGCUGACAGCAGUGACAGAAAGUGUAGGAGUUAGAAAUUUCACACAGUGCUGUUUAUGUAUAUGCUUUGUCUUAACUAACCAGGUCCUGCAAUUAUUACUUUCCCCAGACAGAUCCUAUGCCAAACAGUGAAAUGCAACCCCCAAAAGAGCAUCUUCUCUCUUAUACCAAAGAUCCAAUUUGUAAAAAAAAUAAAAGUAAAAUCGCAGUGCUUGCCACAAUUGGCUUGUAUCACUAGCAGACACGAAAAGACAGGAAUCCAAAGUAUUUUGAAGGGGACAAAGACAUUUGGGGCUCCUUUCCAGCCAAGGUUCAAUGGGUCCUCACAGUUUGUUGUCUUUGGAUUUGUUUUAUGCUGGCCGAUGAAAACCUAUAAGGAAUAUCUGUUGACAAAAUGUCUGGAUCCUGCCAUAGCUUUCCUUGUGCUCUUAAAAAUACCUCCCCUAAGCCCUCUUCUUCUUUUGGUAUAUGUGGGGAGGGGAGAGGGAGGGACAUAUCUGAACCAUUUAUCUCGUGUGUUAUGUUUAAGAACAGUUUGUUGUAAGCCACUUUGCAAAAUGUAUUUUGUGUAUAUUUUGUUCAGAGGGAAUUCUUAAAGGAGGAUAUUUUAAAACGAAUCAUAAUUAUUUGUGUUGCUUGUGUUA